GAAGUGGAGGUAGAAGGUAGAUGAUGGUGAAUUCAACAUUGUGACUCAUUCUUACUUUCAUUGAAAGCUGAGAGGUUUGAAUAUACAGUAAAUUUUGAAGCUCAGAUGCCACUGAUAACAAGGAACAUCCCAUCCUGACAGCUACUCUCACUUCCUCGGUCGAUUUAUGAGAAAGCGAACAAGACAACAGGCGGAGGAAAAGUGUUCAUGUCUCAUGUACACUGCAUAUUACUUUGAAAGAGAUCCACUCCUUUCAUCUGAGAGGAACAUUUUAUUUGAGCAAAGGAAGAUAAUUAAACUACAAGAUUCUGUGGAUACGACAUCCAUGAUUAAUCAGCUCUUCUUUGUGUGACACAGAUUACCUUCUGUAGUUUUAUUCACCAAGUGGACUGUACGUUGAGAAAUUGCAAUUUGGUUGGACGAAGAUUUAAACAUGAGCACUGGAGUGAAAGAGGAGAAAACAAUGCCAAAAGGAGGAUCAAUAUGUUUUAAACUUAUUAUCUUCUUCUUGCUGAAUAUCAGCAGUUUUGUUGUUCCAGUUGCAGGAUUUUCACUGAAGACUUGCCGAAUCAGUUACGAAACGGCCAUAUGCACUAAGAGUAAACUCAGAGCUGUUCCUCACGAUAUUCCCUCAACAGUGAAAGGUUUAGACUUGUCUGCAAACCAAAUUACAAAAAUACAAGUAUCAGAUUUCAAACAACUAUCACUUUUGACACAAUUAGACCUAAACCGCAACUACAUUUCGCAGAUAGAUACAGGUGCCUUUGCCAAUCUGAUUUCCCUCAAGAAGUUAAAUCUAAACAAUAAUAGACUUGUUGAACUUGGAGAUAAUCUUUUUGAUGGUUUGAGCAACCUCACAGAGCUAAGAAUUUACAGAAAUCGCAUCAAAGCAGUGGAAUCCACCUCUUUUAAGUCCUUGAAAAGCUUGACGUUUUUGGACAUCUCUGACAACAAACUGCACCGCUUAACAAAAGUUCAUUCUAUAUUACAGCACCUGCCAAAUCUACAAGAUUUGUUAAUCAGUAACAACGAUUUAACCACCUUUCAUUCAUGGGAACUGACAAACAGCUCACUAGAACUCACUUCCCUCGAUUUGUCUCAAAAUCCCAUUGCAGUCUUUAGGAUCACUGCAGAUGUUUUUCCAAAUCUCACCCGAUUAAUCAUUGGCUCUAAAAAGCAAAAGAUGAUAUGGGACGUGCGUAACAAGACUUUUCUUAGUCGAGUGUCUACUCUUGAUAUUAGUGGGCUUCAAAUGGCUGAUGACAUUAAAACAUUACUAGAGAGCUUUAAUUCCUCUCUGACUUCUCUGAGGAUGAAUGAAAUGAAAAAUAGACUUACAGCACUAAUCAACAUUUCCUGCACCAUCCCAACAGUGUCCACUCUUCAACUGCGACGUAACAAACUCAAAUUUAUCCAUUCAAAUUUGUUUCAGUUGUGUAUUAACAUAACAGAGUUAGAUUUAACAGAUAAUCAAAUACAACAGAUCCAAGACGAGGCCUUCAGAUUUCUUCAAGGUUUAAGGAUCUUGAGUCUGAGUCGAAACAAACUGCCAUCUGUUCCAGCUGCCACAAGAAAUCUACCAACUCUUGCAGAGCUGGAUCUCAGCAGAAAUAACAUCACCUCACUUGAAUGUCACGAUUUCGCCAAUCUGACAAAGCUCAGACACCUCAGCCUUUAUCUGAAUUCAAUCUCAGCUCUAAAAGGGUGUAUUUUCAAGGAUUUAAUAAGAUUGGAAGUUUUAAAGCUACAGACCAACCAAAUCUUCAAACUAAACGGUGCUUUCAAAAAAUACUUGACAAAUCUUAGACAACUGCAUUUGAAUGAAAAUAAACUCACUGCCAUUAACUAUGGGGAAUUUCAGGGCUUGAAGUCCCUACAGAACUUGUCAUUGCAUGAAAAUCAAAUAAGUGAACUUCAAAACGGGUGUUUUAUUGGAUUGACGAGUCUUACAGAUAUUAAGCUGCAAUCGAAUAAUAUAAAAAUAAAUGGAAUAAACAAAUGCUUCAAUGAUCUGAUAAAUUUAAGAAGAUUGGAUCUGAGGGACAAUCACAUUAAAUAUUCAGACAGUUCAGCUUUGGCUGAUCCACCAUUUUCUCAUCUGUCCCUUCUGGAGACAUUAGCUAUUCCUGCACAACACUACAGGGGGAAAGCCCAGCUGCCUCGCAACUUCCUGCAAGGUUUGACAAAUCUUUUGGAAUUCAACACCAGGAACAUUCAACUUUUAUCCUUGCACAAAGACACGUUUAAAUACACGCCUAGACUGGAAACACUUGACAUUAGCACAAAUGAUCUUAGGGAUCUCUCUCCAGAUUUGUUUUCCCCAAUUCAAAGCCUAAAAAGCCUCUACAUAUCUGCAACAAGACUUCAGUCUUUAGAUUUCUUUAUAAAUGCCAACCUUACUAAGCUGGAGUUCCUUCAGGCGAGAAAGAAUCAAUAUUCAGUCAUCAGCAAGGAUGUAAUAAAGUCCAUACCAGCUCUCGUUUAUGUGGAUCUUCAAAGCAAUAGUUUCACCUGUGACUGUGAUAACGCCUGGUUCCUCCAGUGGGCACAAAACGAUAACCAAACUCAAGUUUUUGACGCCUAUAACUUUUUGUGCAACUAUCCUCCAGACUUUAAAGAUACAAAACUGUUUGACCUCGACGUCAGCUCCUGCAUAGUGGAUAUUGACUUCAUCUGCUUUAUCUCCACCACAUGUACGAUCAUCCUGUUUAUGGUGGUGUCCUUCACCUACCAUUUCCUGAGGUGGCAACUGGCCUACGCCUACUACUUCUUCUUGGCUUUGCUCUUUGACAAAAAGCAUAAAAACAAGCAAGGUCCUAAUCAGUAUGAUGCCUUUAUCUCUUACAACACUCAUGAUGAGCCAUGGAUCAUCAGAGAGCUAUUGCCAAAACUGGAAGGAGAGCAGGGCUGGAGAUUGUGUCUGCACCAUCGAGACUUUGAGCCAGGUAGACCGAUCAUAGAUAACAUCACAGAUGCCAUCUAUGGAAGCAGGAAGACCAUCUGUGUGAUCAGUCGCAGAUACCUCGAGAGUGAGUGGUGCUCCAGAGAGAUCCAGGUGGCCAGCUUCCGUCUGUUCGAUGAGCAGAAGGACGUGCUGAUCCUGGUGUUUCUGGAGGAGAUUCCCACCCCUCUGCUGUCUCCUUACUACCGCAUGAGGAAGCUGCUGAAGAGGCAGACCUACCUGAGCUGGCCGAAAGCCGGGGAGCACACCGAGCUGUUCUGGGAGAAACUCCGCCAAGCUCUGAAAACCAGAGACGAUCAUGGUGAGGACAGAUUCCUCCUCACUGUGGUGAACAGACCGUGACAGUAAUCCUCUCUCUGUGAGGUUUACAGCCAGGGUAGUUCAUUGGUUUAGAAUUUGUUUGUUUGUUUUACCACAAAAUUACCCAAACUAUAUCUGAAGGAGGUUGCUGCCAUUAUACUCCAACUCUAUACCACCAAACUGGAAGACCAAGUUAGGACUAAUUACAGGUGAAAUGGAAAUAGUUUUUAUGAGAUAGUAUGUGAGCUCUGCCUUUGACUUCUCUGAUGGGGCAGUGAACAUAAUGACAGAUAAAUAAGUGACAGAUAUUGACAUAUACUGAGGUAUAUAUAUAUAAAAUAAAAAAUACUUUAGCUCACUAAAUUAAAAUAUAUAGAAAAAAUGAGAAGGUUCAGAGAAGAGCCACUAAACUAAUUCAUGUCAUAUGUUAAAUGUUAAGAAAAUUACAAUUACCAACUCUAGUAUACAGGAGACAUAGAGAAGACAUGAUUGAGGUCUAUAAGCUUGUUCACAGAAUAUAGAAUAAAGAACUCCUUAAAAUUAUUCCCACUAAAGCAUUUCUCUGAAAAGAGAAAAAAACUUCUUCACACUCCAGAGGAUGUAGCAGGGGCCCCUUCAGUUAACUCUUUUAAAAAUAGAUUGGAUAAAAUCUGGUCAACAGAAGAUAUUUUGUAUAAUUAUAAAGCUGAUUUGUGAUUUUUUGUGAAACUACUGUGAUUUCAAAUAAGUAUACUGUGUUUUUUUUGUUGUUGUAUGGUUGUUUGUUUGGAGUUGUAGAAUCUGGUGUGGAGGAUUUAUAUCCUGUACCAGAAAACGUUCAAUACAUUUCAAUACAUUUCACUCUGUUCAGGACAAAGAAAACACCUCCCUCUAUUUGCCAGUUGGGUUUGAUAAAAAUCAUAGAUCACUUUCAGAUACAUUUCAAACUGUCAACUGUAAAGUGAUACUACCAAUCUUUACGCAACCUGUCUAUUAAUGUGAAAUGAAAUGUACAAUCAUUACACGCGUACAAUUUCAUGUCACUCGAAUAGACAGGUUGCAGGAAGGUUUUUCAUUACAUUACAUUUGUUUCAUUACCUUUGCAGUUUGUGCAGCUUCAGGCACAAAGACAACUUCUUUAGGUUUCCAAAGAAGUGAAUUUUCGGGGAAAUGUGUAUUAAAUGAUGCACAAGACAUCUAGAAUAUUUUUGAUUUGAUGUAAUGGUGCAGCCUUAAAAAACAUGAAAUCUCCGGUUUGAAUAUUUAAAAGGACAAAAUUAAAUCAUUAUUAUCAAUAUAUCAUUGUUUCAUUUGACAUGCAUUUCUGAAUCUGCUAUUCAAAAUUAUAAUUUUUUAUUGCAGCUUUAUUACAUUGUUCAUUAUCAGCCAGACAACAGUCUCUUCUUCUGGGGAAAAACAUUGUGACAAAGACUCAGUAUCAAAUAUGAACCACACAUUUUUCAGAUCUCUCCUCUUGUCUUAGUAAUGCUACUAUUACAGUGCUCAUGUUGAUUUCUUGCAGUCUAAUUAAAAUGCAGAUUUUUUAUUGACUGACUUAUCACUGACUGUACAGUAGAAAGUUGCAAUGUAUAUUAUGUGACUGUACAGCAGGAGUCACCUGAUGUCAUAUCAGAAUCAGAAAUACUUUAUUGAUCCCAGAGGGGAAACUCUUUUGUUACAGCUGCUCGCCUUUACGUCAGUGCACACAAGAAUAGAAGUACUAUCAAAAAAAAAAAAAUGUAUAUAUAUAUAUAUAUAUAUAAUACACUAUAAAUAUGAUGUAUAAUUUUGUGACAAAAUCUUGUUUUUUUUCUUCUUGUUGUAUUAUUUGUACUAUAUAGAUAAAAUUAAAAGGUGUUUUGUAAAUGCCAUAACUAAAAAAGUUGUAUUAAAGUUAUGAAAUGACCUGUGUGGACGUGGUGAAGGUAGUGAAACCCACAGUGACAGACAAAUGUAUUCUUAAACAUCUGUUUUAAUAAAAUUCUUUGACAAUA